UAGGUGGGAUGGGCUUUUUCUCUCUUCCCCCCGCCAAACCCCCUCCAAAGCCCCCCUCCAAAACGCCAUGGAAAUCCCGGAUUCAUCACGGAGCACUUUUACUUCUCGAUCUUGGAGAAUCAUCCUCCCCCCGGCACAUCUUGAGUGAUAAGUACCUAUCUAUCUACCUACCUACCUAAGUAGGUCUGUCGGUACGCAUAGGUAAUUGUAGUGCCGAUUUACCUGGCAAUUGGUCACUGAAUAAUAUUCCAACAUAUUGGUCUUCUAUGAUGCUAUCAUCCCCAAUAUGACGGCGAGCCUCUUCAUAAGACAUCACACCCGGACAUCGAUGAAUCACUUCCAUUAGGUGGGUAGGUAUAUACGUAGCUAGGCUACUCACUUCCGAUGCCUUCGUGUUAAGGAUAUCGCCCUAUCUUGAACCCAGACGGACUGGAUCUAUCCUAAUCCUGCCAAGGUCCCUGAAGAUCUCGGCCGAUCUAGACUACCACAUUUUCUCCCUCCGAACCGCCGUCCAUCGAGAAAGGUGUCGAAUCCCCCUACAUAGUCCGAGCCCCUUUUGACAUUUUCCCAUUUCCCAUCUUGACUCUUUCCAUUAAUCUUCCCCUCCGCCUGUCGUAGUGCUUGUCGCGUGCACUCAAACCAAAAUCCCCCAUAUUUAUCCCUUACCUACCUGCCCUGAAUCAGGUAUCAUCCCCAUCAGGACUGCCGAGUGCCCACUUCAUCGCUCUUUAAGAUGGCGGACCUCCUGCCUUCGCCGUCGCGGCCGAAGCUGCACACAGUUCUCCCGCCUCUUGUCAUGGGCACCGCUACCUUCAACACCCAGUACGUGCCCAACCCUUUCGACCUGCCCGCCGCCUCUCUGGUGAAGCGCGCACUCGACCUCGGCGUCACAGCCUUUGAUACAUCCCCUUACUACGGACCAUCUGAGAUCAUCCUCGGCAACGCUUUAGCGCACCCCUCGGUGGCAUCGUGCCAUCCGCGGUCGUCUUAUUUCCUCGUCACAAAGGCCGGCCGCAUCGCCGGCGACGAGUUCGACUACAGUCCCGAGUGGAUCAGAUACUCCGUGUGCCGCAGUCUAGAGCGCCUGCAUACCGACUACCUCGACCUCGUCUACACCCACGACGUCGAGUUUGUGUCGCCUGCCGAGGUCUUAGCCGCCGUGCGGGAGCUGCGCCGCCUGCGCGAUGAGGAGGGCUUGUUGCGCUACGUCGGCAUCAGCGGAUAUCCGGUGAAGACUAUAUGCGAGCUCGCCGAGAUGAUACUGCGCGAGACGGGCGAGCCGCUAGAUGCCGUGCUGAGCUACGGCCACUUCACCCUCCAGAACACGACUCUAGGCUUGGCCAGCGACGCUAUGCAACGCUUCAGUGACGCCGGCGUGGACAUCGUGCUGAACGCGAGCAUGUUGGGCAUGGGCUUAUUGACCACGCGAGGCGCCGACGCUGGGCCGAUGGCCUCGUGGCAUCCGAGUCCUGAGGGCCUACGUCAAGCGUGCCAGGAUCUCGUACCUGUUGCCGCAGCUGCCGGUGAGAAGCUUGAGGUCGUGGCUAUCCGCUGGGCCCUGGACAACUGGGCGGUAGCCGGCGCGGCUAGGGGUAGUGGCAAUUCACGGUUAUCGACUGGCACGCGCGUCGGAGUGAGUGUCAUGGGCGUCUCGAACAUGGCCGAACUUGAAGAGACCUACCGUGUCUUCAACAGCGUUAUCGAGAGUCUCGAACCCGACAGUGACAAUGCCGAAUUGAUGACCCGGCAAGAGUGGAGCCGCGAGCGACGUGUGAAGAUCCAGGCCGUCGCCGAGAAGAUGUGGGCUGUCUUGGAUACGUGGAGGGAUUACAGCUGGAGUAGCCCUGGCCCCGGGUUCGUCAACACGCGAAAACUUACCGAGAUCGGUGUCACGCCUGAUGACGGUGUCUUGGCGAGGCACAGGCUGAAGGAGCCGUUAGUUCAAGUCAACAUUCAGGAGGUACCCGAGUUAGUCUAAGUCAGGGACCCUCGAUACUACAACGCUACGAGGAUCAAGGGCACAAGUAGGUAAUGGCCUUGUCGGGUUUAAUCAGAUCAUAUUGUCUAUUUUGGUAGCAUAUUACAGCGCAGCGGAAAUGGUUAUGUCUAU